CCGCGAACACCGAUUUCACAUUAACCCCCACCUCAACACGAUCGAAGCGGUAGGGUUUACCCUCUCUCCUCUUCCUCCGUCGUUUUCACCUCCCUCUAUUUAUAUAUAGUAAACGGGCGGCGAGGUCGAUGCUCCCGCUUCGGAUCGUCCGCUGCGUCGCCUCUACUUGGUCUCCCUCUCCUCCUUCGUGUUCUGCGUCUUCGCCCUUAUCGCCCGCUUCGCUUCUUCGCGCCGCGGGAGCUUCGAGGUCGAGGUUUAGGGCAAUGGCGUCGUACAGCAGCGGUUCGGGGAAGCCGCAGAGGCUUCUCUUUCGGCAGCUCUUCGAGAAAGAGUCUUCGACGUACACGUACCUCCUCGCCGAUCUCGGGCACCCCGAGAAACCCGCCGUGUUAGUUGAUCCAGUUGACAAAACAAUCGACAGAGAUCUAACUCUUAUUAAAGAACUCGGGUUGAAGCUCAUCUAUGCUAUGAAUACUCAUGUGCAUGCCGAUCAUGUCACUGGAACAGGCAUUAUAAAGGGUAAGGUUCCGGGUGUGAAGUCUGUUAUUUCGAAAACUAGUAGCGCCAAAGCAGACCAUUUUGUUGAGCAUGGUGAUAAAAUCUGUUUUGGUGAUCUUUUUCUGGAGGUGAGAGCUACUCCAGGUCAUACUCUGGGCUGUGUGACAUAUGUAACUGGAGAUGGGCCGGAUCAGCCUAAUCCAAGAAUGGCUUUCACUGGCGAUGCGCUACUCAUACGUGGCUGUGGAAGGACAGAUUUCCAGGGAGGAAGCUCGCAUCAGCUGUACCAUUCAGUGCAUUCACAGAUAUUCACAUUACCAAAGGAUACUCUUCUGUAUCCUGCUCAUGACUAUAAGGGCUUCUCAGUUACGACUGUUGGAGAGGAGAUGCUCUAUAACCCUCGGCUGACAAAGGAUGAGGAAACAUUCAAAAGCAUCAUGGAAAAUUUGAACUUGCCUUAUCCAAAGAUGAUAGACGUUGCGGUACCAGCAAAUAUGGCUUGUGGAUUGCAAGAUUUACCUUCAAAAGUUUAAGGUGGAUUUCCCACACAAAAAAGCUAGAAGAAAGGAGGUGUUUCCUAUUCUCUACUGUUAUGAACUGUGGAAGUUGUUCUCCAUGUAUUUCUAUAAUUUGGUGGUAUUGUGGAGGGUUUUUCAGAAGCUUUUCUAUUACUUGAGAAAUAAGAUGUCCUGCAGCCUUGUAAUCUUGGUAAUAAUAAUGCAGAAAUCAUUCUGUUUGGCUUCGCAUUU